AUGGGUCGCUCUGACGGAUAUGGCGAGAACUUCGAGCACGUAAACAAGAGUGUCGUUGAACGGGAAAGGCUCGAUUCCUUCAACGCUCGUCUCCGCGAUUGGUAUGGCGACGGCAGGUUGUGUCUAGCGCCCAUCGACGCUUCGAAGAUCAAGUUUGUGCUUGAGAUAGGUUCUGGUAGUGGCGCGUGGGCUCUUGACGCUGCAGCGGCACUGCCUGAUGCACACAUUCUAGUGACAGACAUCGCACCCCUUCCAAAUGGAGUCGUUCUGCCUUCGAACGCGCACUUUCAGAUCCUAGACGUUACCGAGAACAUACCUUUUGAACAGAAGAGCUUCGACCUGAUACAUAUCCGUCAAGUGCUUAUGCAUGUCAAGAACGCGCCUGCAGUGCUCAAUCGGCUGGCUGAGCUACUCAGACCCGAUGGAUGGCUUGUGAUAGAGAAACUGGACCCGCUCGAUCGCGAUGCUGAGGGUCGAUUGGGGCCGUUAGCGACCCAUGAUAUCGAGCGUAUAUUGCGUGAGACGGGGAUGCUAGACCACAUUGUCGCUCAAAAGCUGAAUGCUCCAUUCACGGGGUACACAGAUGAUGAGAAGCUGAAUGCUUUGGAAGAGACGGUCAGGAUCGGCUUGUUGAACAUGGUACGCGCCGGAGCAACGAGCGGACGGCCCGGUUAUACCGAGGCUCUGUAUGAAGAGGCAAGGUCUGCGAUGGAGGACAAAGAUCUGAAGCUGUAUGGGCGGUUCUACCUUGCAUGGGGUCAGAAGAAGUAG